AUGGGGACCUUAGGGAUCCUGCUUCUGCUCAUGGGUCUGCUCCUGUCACCAGCUGAGGCCCAGAAGGAGCGCCAUCUGAAGCCCUGGCUGGUGGGCCUGGCUGCUGUCGUGGGGUUCCUGUUCAUUGUCUUCAUCUUCAUGUUGGCCAACCGCCUCUGGUGCUCCAAAGCAAGAGCUGAGGAUGAAGAGAAGCCCACAUUCAGGAAGAAUCCCAAUCCAUAUGAGGAGGUGGAUCUGAGAAAAGAAGACAAGAAGGGGAAGGAAGAGAAGGAGGAAAAGGCCGAAGAGAAAAAAGCUGGGAAGGGGAAAAAGGCCAAGAAGAAAGGAAAGAGAAACUUCGGGCUGGAGCUAGAGGAAAAUGAGGAGUGCAGGGACUAUGAGGAAGUCAAGAACACGGCCAUGUGA